AUGGCACACGACAUGGAGCGAGUACUGAUGUCCCCGGCGUUCGAAGUGUUUAACAAGCUUCGGCUGGCAGGACAGCUUUGUGACGUGGUCCUCAUCACCGACGGUGUUCAAUUCAACGCCCAUAGAGUAAUUCUGUGUGGCUGUAGCUCCUACUUCCAGGCUCUGUUCGCCAGUGACUGGAGUGAUUCAGGAAAGCGGGAGUACCAACUCCCAGGCAUUUCCCCAGAAACACUGAGGCAGGUCAUAGAGUAUGCCUACACAUACUCUGUGGUCAUCACAGCUGAGAAUGUGGAGAACCUCCUGGCAGCUGCUGAUUAUCUCAGUGUCUUGGGCAUCGUGCAGCGCUGCUGUGAUUUCCUGCAUGAGCAGCUCUGCCUCAACAACUGCAUUGGCCUUCUUAAAAUCGCCGAUGUCUACUGCGUAAACGAGCUGCACCAGUCUGCAUUCAACUUAAUCUUGAAAAACUUCAAGGAGGUUGCCAUCAGCUCAAAUGAGUUCCCAGAACUAAGUCUUGAACAACUUUCUGACAUCAUCGAGCAGGAUGAGCUUAAUGUCAGAGAAGAGGAUGUGGUGUUUGAGGCCAUCCUCCGGUGGAUCAAACACGAGCCUGCCACCCGAGAGGCCCAC